AUAGCAGAGGCCUACAUCUUGAAAGUAGCUUGCGAAGACCAAGGAAGCUCCUCAUUGAAGAGGAAUUUACGUUCUUUCGGUGGCAGGAUACCCGCAAGUUGGAUCCUGUUGUUGAAAAGCUAAAAAGAAAUCCGCAGCAUGAGCCAAACGGUCGUUGAACUCCACUGGUUCCCAAAAUACACGGACCGCUUCCUCACGGCCGCCAGCUCAGAGAUCAACCUUUAUCAGGUUAGGCACGACGUCGUCGAUCAUGGAGAAAAGUCAAAUAUCAACCUGGACAUCUCGAAAAACAGCACAGCUUCCCUUAUCGCCUUCGAGACGCGGUAUCAGUUUGUCCGCACGGUCGCUCCGUCUUAUCACGGUGGAGGCGACAUUUACUUUGCUGCCGGAUUACCCAAUGGGAAGGUGGCCCUUUGCAACUUUGCCGCCGAAAAUAAUGUGGAAUUCACACCCCGAGUAUCGCGAGCAUGUAUGUGCAUCGCGUGGAGUGAACUGGAGCCAAACUUCCUUGCGAUGGGCCACGACCGGAAUCGAUCGGACAACUGCAUCACCAUUUGGGACACGGAGCGUGGUGUCCCGAAUCAAUCGUCGAUCGUGAGCAUGAUUGGAUUGUCCGAGACGGCACAUUCCGUCUGUUGGGACAAAACCUUCCCACAGGUGUUGAUUGCCGGCAUGAGCCAUAAGUACAUUAAGAUGAUGGAUUUCCGACAAAACCCUCCAAUCACAACGGUGGCCAAUACGCGCACAGUGAAUGGUGUUUGCGUGGCACCCAACGGACGCUAUUUGGCCAGCUACGUGGAGAACAUAAUCACCCUGUGGGAUCUCCGUUCGCUCGAGAAACCAAUCAGCCAGAUACAGAUGCAGAAGAACAUUAGCCAACUCGCUUGGUGCCCGACACGAUCGUCAGUGUUGUCCACGCUUCAGCGUGACUCACCGCUAAUCAAUCUGAUCGAUCUGCAUUGGCCCGGCACGGAGAUGGACGGUGGUGAACCGCAUUCGGUGAAACGUUUCGUGUCUCCGUUCCAAACGACGGCCACCACACUCACGACGAGUCGCAUCCCCUCGAUGUCACACCUCUCCUGGCAUCCGUACGAUCUCGAGCGAAUGCUGGCACUAUCGAGCGUGGGCACAAUCUGUGACUAUCGCAUCCCACAGCGUGUGGCCGUCUCGUGGGAUAACAACAACAAUCUGUUCGGUAACAAUGGGAACGAUCUGCGUCAGUUUGCCACUCCAACGCGUUCCUCCACGCCAACCGAUUCGCUGAACCAGUGGAACAUGGACAGCAGUGAAGAGGACAUUGCGGAAACGAUGCACCAUCGGGCGCUAAAGAACUACGGGCUGAUGUCGGAGCUACAGCGCAAUGGUGAUUUGGUAGAGAAGAACGAUGGGCUGCAAUCGGUAUGGCGUAUGUUGGGCCACCUGGUGAAGGCUGACCGGAGGCAGGGAUUAAAGUCCAUCCUCGGUGUCAGCAGUGCCACACCGGAUGGUCCACCGAUGGAUCCGUCCGAACCGGUCAACACAAAGUGGAUCGAUUUUAGCAUGUGCAGUGGGUUGGUGGUCUAUCGGAGCGAACAGCGCGAUCAGGCCCAGCUGCUAUGUGGAUGGAGUUUCGAGCGCGAUAAAGAAGCGACCCUGACCGCGUUCUUGGACGAGCUUUGUGCGAAGCGUGAAUACACCAGGGCGGCACUGUUGGCUUGCUUUCAUUUUCGUGUCCGCUUGGCCAUCGAUAUCCUCGGCCGAGGGGCACAGGAUCAGGCAGCCGAUCCUAGCUCGUUGCUACGCGUUGCUGCCAUCGCACUGUCCGGCUUUUCGGCCGAGCGCUCGGAACUGUGGCGCAAACAGUGUGGUGCAGCUCGUACCCAGAUCGACGACCCUUAUCUGAGGUGUAUGUUUUCGUUUCUGGCCCACGAAAAGGAAGGCUUCGAGACGGUGACGAACGAGACGCAGAUUUCCCUGAGCGAUCGGAUGGCGUUCGCCUGUAACUUCCUGUCGGACGUCAAGCUGGCCGAGUACACCAAGGGCAUGGUCGCGAACUGUAUCGAGACGGGUGAUCUGAACGGAUUGCUGUUAACGGGUGCCUCGAACGAUGGGAUCAAUCUGCUGCAAAGUCAUCUCGAUCGCACGGAAGACGUACAAACGGUCGCACUGAUCGCAGCCCGGUUCCUCACCUCGGAGUACCUCGGCGACUAUCGGGUGCAGCACUGGGUGGCAACCUAUCGCGAUAUGCUCGAUGUCUGGGGACUGUGGGAGCAACGGGCUCUGCUAGACAUUACGCUCGGUGGCAUACGGACACCGCCACGCAGCUCCCGAUCCGUGUUUCUGUUGUGCAAUUUCUGUGGCAAAAAUGUGUCGAUGGCGCUGCAAGAGGACGCCCGGCUACGCGGUAAUGCUACGAGCAUGCACAAGCUAUCCUCCUGUCCGCACUGCCGCAAACCACUGCCCCGAUGUGCCCUGUGUCUGCUGCACAUGGGCACGACGAUGGCGGCCAUCUCGCAGAGCCAGGCAAUGCAGGGCCAGAUCGGUUGGCAGUCGAAACCGUUCUCCAAGUGGUUCAGCUGGUGCCAGACGUGCCGCCACGGUGGCCAUACCGAACAUCUGACCGAGUGGUUCAACCAAAACACCGAGUGCCCGGUGACGUCGUGCAAUUGCAAGUGCUUCGCCAAGGACCUGCCGAUGCCCCAGUUUCCACGGCACGAGAAGGACUGCCUUUCCUGACACCAGCUGUCGACGUUGUUCUAGAAAACGGUGACCGGUCGUACGCUGGCUACUAAAUGGUUCCUACGAGGGAAGGAACUACGAAUGAUGUGCUUGAUUUUAUGGUACAAGUUUUGUUAACCGCAAGAAGCAAUAAACCAAACUCAC